GCACGUUCUCUCACGCGCUCUGAUGAGCCACAGCCUUCUGAGGCUCACUAACCAGAACCACUCACUAAGAUAUAUGGCAUCUGUCAGACGUGCUUCCAAAAAAUAAAAGGGGUUCACACUGCUGACAGUUCUGGCAAAUCAGUAAGGUCUGCUAUUAACCCUUCUCACUUAAGGCAGCCAUGAGGGACAGACUGGGUGAUCUCCGGGCGCUUUCUGUGUCCAGAAGUAAUCUGGAAGUGCAGGAAUAUGCAAAGUCCGUCUCAGACUCAUUCAGCAACGUGGAAUUGGAAGAUGGAUUCCAUCAGCAGGCCGUCGUUUUCGACAACAAUGAGAUGGACACUGUGUUUGAUGAGGCUCAAGAUAUAAGGCGCGAGAUUCAGCUCAUCCAUCUGGAUGUAAAGCGGCUCAGAGAACAAAACGCGCGCAUCCUUAGCGAACCAACUCGAACCAGCACAAUAAAGCGAGACUCCAAUGCCAUUGCUGCUGACAUUAAAUCCCGUGGAGAGGAUUUGGUCAAACGUCUUCGUGAGCUGGACUCUCAUGCCAAAGAGCUGGAAGAGGAACAUGGUAUCAAUUCAGCCGUAGCCAGGAUCGCUCGAACGCAGUAUGCCGGCCUAAGUAACAGCUUCCGUAAUGUGAUGAUGGAAUACAACGAAGCAGAGAUGAACCACAAAGAAACAUGCAAAACGCAUAUCCAGAGGCAGAUGGAGAUCGUAGGGCGAGAGGUGACGGGUGAUGAGAUUGAGGAAAUGCUGGAGAACGGGCAGUGGAACAUCUUCAGUGAUAACAUUCUCACAGAGGGGAAAACAGCACGGUCCGCACUCAGCCAGAUCGAAAGCCGACACCGUGACUUGCUGGAGUUGGAGAACCGGCUCAAGAGCAUUCAUGAGUUGUUCCUGGAUGUGGCCAUGCUUGUGGAAGACCAAGGGCCCAUGAUAGACUACAUAUUCACCAACGUUCAGAAAACCGAUGCUAAACUUGAUGAAGUCCUGAUUAAACUUGACCAAGCUAAGAGACAUGAUAAAAACAAUCCAUUCAAGAAGAUGUUCUGUGGCUGCUUUCCAUGCUACAAGUAAUUGCUUCGCGUAAAGAAGUCUGACUUUUGAUUAUGUGGAUGAUCAUAUCUGAAAUGUCUUUUCUGUGUGUCUUCAACAAUUCUUAUUUGGCUAAGCUGAGAAAUUACAGGUGGCUUUCAUAUAGAUAAAUAGAUUUAUAUAAAAUGUCAGAUGAGAUAGCAGUUCACAGAGAAUCUAUUUUCCACCAGUAGGUAUGCUCAACUUUGUCAAAAUAACAAGUAUGUGUGUGUGUGUGUGUGUGUGUGUGUGUGUGUGUGUGUGUGUGUGUGUGUGUGUGUGUGUGUGUGUGUGUGGUUGAUGUUCAAAAUACACAAGAGCACAGAGCAUACUAUAAGUAUAGGGCUGUAUGAUUUAGUAUAAGUAUAAAAUAUAAAUGACAUUCAUGAACGAGUUUAGAAACUGCACCUUGCAAAGUAGAAAUAAAGUAUAUAAAGUAGUCGUACAGUUUAAAACGAAGUAAAUUUGUGAAGUAUAUUGAAACAAAA